UCAGACAGUCGCGGGGUCUCUGCUGGGCAAGUCCGCUUCGUUGGCAAGGAGCUCGGCUGGAGCUAGGAGCGGCGCACCGCAGGCGGGAGAGGCCGUUAAGGGUCAGUGUUACAUUUGGACUGUUGGAUAGAAAAGAAGGGAAAACAAAAGACAGACAAGCAUGUGGAUUCAGCCUUCUCUCUCCAGGCAACAGUGAUAGGAAUGUAGGUCUGAUCCAGGCAUUAAGGCGGAGAAUGGAGUGGUGGAAAUCAGUUUUCAUUUGGAAGCGCCUGAGGACACAUACUGCUUUAUUUCUUUAUAUUUGCCCCAUAAAGCAGGCAAAGUGGGUUUCCCAUGAGCUGUGAGAAGGCUUCUGGGCUGUUUUGAACGUGCAUAUUGAUCAAGUGGAAAGAAUGGCCCAGGUUCUGCAUAUGGGGACUGCUUUCCCAGGAAAGGUCAAUCCAGCCUCUACUACAAUCUUCCAUGGGAAGGAGCAAGAUUUAACUUACUCGGUGGAGACUCCUUAUGGCUACCGUCUUGAUCUGGACUUUCUCAAAUAUGUGGAUGAUAUUGAGAAGGGCCACACUAUUAAGCGCAUUCCAGUUCAUCGCCGACCACGUUACAGCUCAUUGCCCCGAGGCUAUGGCUACACUGGUUCAUGGUGGACAUCCACUGAGUCCCUCUGUUCCAAUGCCAGUAUGGACAGUCGCCAUUCCUCUUAUUCUUAUUGUGGCCGUAGCUUCUACCCACAGUACACUAAUGCAAUUCAUAGCAAUUUCAAUGCCCGUGUGGAGAAAACUUUGCUGGAUGCUAGAAAGAAGUUAGAAGACCAGGCAGACCUAGAUGGGGAAACUCCCACAACAAGUAGUCUAGGAAGUCUCCACAGCAGUGUAUCUGGAUCAACAAAUUCUUUGGUUGGAAGCCAGAGUAUUUCCCAUCAAACGUCUUACAAUGGCUCACACCAAGGUGCUCCUGGACAAUUCACACCAAUUGGUUCUGGGUUGUCCACUCCAGUCUCACCAACUCCAGGACAUCUUCAAUAUGUUCGUGAGCAGAUGGCUGUGGCUUUGAAGAAGUUGCGCCAAUUGGAAGAACAGGUCAAGAUGAUCCCAGUCCUUCAGGUGAAGAUCUCAGUGUUACAGGAAGAGAAAAGGCAGCUAAGUGUUCAGCUUAAAAGCCAGAAGUUCUUGGGGCACGCAGGAGGAUUUGGCAAGGGCAAAUCACGAGGGGAGCUCUACAUAGACAUCCCUGAAGAGGAGGCAGGCAGAAAUACAGAGGACAGCAGUACCAGGCCUGACAUGAAGGGUAAAUUGGAUAAGAAGGAAGUGAAGUCAGUGGGUGUGGGAAGCACAGUUGAAGAUGGAGAAAUGAAUGUGAACAUGGGAAGAUGUGACAUAGGGGUAGCAGUCAAGGAGGAGGAAUUGGGAUUGCCUUCCCCAGAAGUAGAGCAGCAAUGCCAAGCUAUUCAGACCCUAUCUACCAAAAUUGCUGUAUUAGAAACACAAUUGAAGAGAGCACUUCAAGAUCUCCAAGCUGCCCAUCAGAAAUUGGAGCAUCAAGGCAGGGAGAAGAAAGACAAAGAAACUUCGACAAGAGAUGAGGACCUGAUAGAAUGGGAAGCAAGGGGAGAAGGUGCCCAGCAGUGGGAUGCCCCCAUUCGGGUUGAUGCAGUCAAAGUUGUCCAAGUGGAAAGGGAGCCAGAGAUCACAGCCAGCAUAGCUACCGGGCCUCAGAGGGCACAGGUCUUGGAGAGCAAGGAGUCCUAUGCCAGCCUCCGGCCUUCAGCAGGCAAAGAUUCAGUCUCUGAGAAAGUUCAGGUGCCACUUUGUGCCACAUACCACAGCAGUGAGGUGAUGGAAACCGCUUUCCCAAUUCAUGCUGGAGCAGCAAACACAGCCACCACCUUUCACUCUGUGAAAAAGAUCAGCAUUGUCAACACAGAAGAGGAUGGGGAUGGAAAGAAAGAAACAAGAGAGACCAAAGAAUCACUAGAGAAAACUGAAGAUUCCCUUCUUGACUCCCUCCAAGGAGAACAGGUGGUUCCUUGCGUUUCUCAAGAAUCUAAAUUGGAUGUGCAGAAGGAGGAAGAGGAUCAAGCUUCAUCCACUGCAGGGAUCUGGUCAAUUAUGAAGAAGAAGGAAGAACCUAGAGAAAUACUGACUAGCAAGAAGAGCCUCCAGUUUGUGGGUGUCAAUGGAGGGUAUGAGUCUACCUCCUCUGAGGAUUCCAGUACAGCUGAGAACGUAUCAGACAAUGAAAGCACUGAGAGUGAAUACCAUGAGGCAAGUGAGGGCCUCCCUGCGGGGCAGGGAAUUGUAGCUGAAGCUCCAAAGCUUUCUGGAAUAACCACAGAUACACUACAUCCUGGAGUCCCUGUCGAGGUGGGGAAAAUAACCACAGCAGAAAGUCCCAGCAAGGAACCAGCAAGAAAAACUGGAUUGCGUCUCAGCAAGGAGUUGCUUUCAGCUUGUGCAGUUCUUCAGAAAUACUUAGAGAGUUUGAAUCCACAAAUGGAUGGAGAGACGAAAUUAGCCUAUACCUCAAUGCUCCACUAUUGGCUCAAGCUUUCCUGCCACAAAGAAGCCGAUCCAGAGUUGAUCUCGCUGCACUUGACAGAUUUCCGGACUGUUUCCCCGCAGUUGCUAGAAUUCAUCAUCAAUAUGGCGGAUGCUAAUGGCAACACGGCCCUGCAUUACACAGUCUCGCAUUCCAACUUCCCCCUUGUUGCAAAGCUGCUUGAAACUGGUUUGUGUCACGUGGACCAACAAAACAAAGCUGGCUAUACAGCCAUCAUGCUCACAGCACUGGCUGCCUCCCAGACAGAGAGUGACAUGGGGACUAUUAUGCAGCUACUGAAAAAGGGCAAUGUGAAUGCCAAAGCCAGUCAGGCUGGGCAGACUGCAUUGAUGUUAGCUGUCAGCCAUGGGCGUCUCGAGAUGGUACGUGCCUUGUUAGCAAGUGCAGCAGAUGUCAACUUGCAAGAUGAUGAUGGCUCUACUGCACUGAUGUGUGCCUGUGAACAUGGCCAUGCUGAGAUUGUCCGCCUGCUAUUGGCUACCCCUGAGUGUGAUGUUGCCCAGUCAGACAAUGAUGGCAGCACAGCUCUCUCCAUCGCACUAGAAGCAGGUCAGAAUGACAUUGCCAUCAUGCUGUAUGCGCACUUGAACUUUGCCAAAGCCAUAUCACUGGAUACCUUGGAGCAGCUGGAGCCUGAAAAUGCAGAUACAAUAUUCAGUGAUUCUCUGUAACCCAAAGUAAGAUGAUAUUGUUACCCAAAGGUUUUCUUACUUCUGCUUGAAAAUUUGACAGUCUGGAUGAAGGAAAUAUAUAUCUACAAAACCAUACCCAUUGCCAAUGUAUACAAUUCUCUAGAAAUGCUUCCUGUCCUUAGCUUCUCACACUGCCUUCAUCAGCUGAAAUCUCACCAUCCACUCUGUUCAGAGGGAAGGACCUUCCAGGAGAAGGAACUUUAUGAGCUUUUUUUCAACAAUGUGGCCAUGUAUCCAGCUAUGUUUGAUGAGAUGCAGUUUUGUCAGAUAGUGAGCCAAAGGGAAGAUUGGAAGAUUGGAAGUUAAGGUCUCUAGGUGUUGCUAUGACUUUUCAAAACUAAUGUGUCUUAUCUUUUUGAAGGCCACAGGCAUUGGCCUCGCUACUAAAUUCGAACUGCUCCAUACUUCCUUCAAUGCCCACAUCACCUUGUUUUUACUUCUUCUGUGUAUUCCUCAGGUGAUUUCCCAAAAAACUGACAGUUUUCUGUGAGGGGAAUUGCAAAGCCUUGAAAGACCUGUGAAGUAAUAGUUUCUAAGCACAAUGUGAUGGCAGGUAAAUACUAGGAGAUGCUGGCUUGAUCCAGGAAAAAAAAGUCAUCAUGCCCAUCAGAAAGCUUUGGUGUUUCAAAAGGAAAAAAAUCAGCAUUAGAGCAGCUGAGAUUGACCAAAGCUGAGUGGAAAAUAAAUCCGUUUAGCUGCCCAAAUUGAGGCACCAAUGGAGCUAAUUCUUGAGCAAGAAAAAAUUGCAAGAACUUGAUUAGUUUGGUGUUUCCAUUCCGUUGUUGUAGAGCAGGGGUGUCAAACUUGCAACGACAUAUUAUCAUCACGUGACGCAUCACAACUUUUUCCCCCUUUGCUAAAAUGGGGGUGGGCAUGGCCAGCAUGUGAUGCAUCCAGCCCACGGGCCAUGAGUUUGACACCCCUGUUGUAGAGGGACCCAGCAGACUUUAGAUCUAUGUCUCUAUAUGAACUUGCUUUGCUUCUCUUCAUCUAAGAAUCUGAAGUGUGCGGCAGCAGCCAAAAAAGUCAAUGCAAUCCUAGGCUGCAUUAAUAGAGGGAUAGAAUAAAGAUCUCGUGAAGUUCUAGUACCACUUUACAGCCUUAGUAAGACCACACUUGGAGUACUGCAUCCAGUUCUGGUCACCACAAUAUAAAAAAAAUGUUGAGACUAUGGAAAAAGUGCAGAGAAGAGCAACAAGGAUGAUUAGGGCAAAAACAGUUGCAGGAAUUGGGUAUAUCUAGUCUAAAGAAAAGAAGGAUUAGGGAAGAUAUGAUAGCAACGUUCCAAUAUUUCAGGGGCUCCUACAAAGACGAGGAAGUCAAACUAUUUUCCAAAGCACCAGAAGGCAAGACAAGAAGCAAUGGAUGGAAACUUAACCAAGGAGAGAAGUAUCCUAGAACUAAGAAAUUUCCUAAUGGUGAGGGCUAUCAAUCAAUGGGCUCGCCUUCAGAAGUUGUGGGUGCUUCAUUACUGGAGGCUUUCAAAAAGGGACUGGACAUACAUUUGUCUGAAAUGGUGUAAAGUCUCCUGCUUGAGCAAGGAUUGGACUAGAAGACCUACAAAGUCCCUUCCAGCUCUGUUAUUCUAUUAUUUAUUCAUGUUCCAUUGCAAAAAGGGCAAAAUAUUUUAAAGAGGCCAAUGAAAAUCUCUCUAAAUCAACUCCAUAGAGAAUAGAUAACCCUUUCAUUUUCUGUUUUAAAGCUAUGGAACUUCUGUAUUUAAUUUACCUGAAUUAAUUUUUGAAAUCCCUAACCUUGUGUAAAGCAAAAAUUAUUUUUUAUUACAAUGCAAAAUAAGCAGUGUUUAAAUAGAUCUAAAAUAAGUAUUUGACACUGAAUUUUAAGAUUUUAUAAAAUUGUCAAAAUAUUCGUAUGAUAAAUGUAUCACUAUCUAUAUAAUGCAAGUCGUAAAAGGAUCAUGGUAGAAAUAUAUGCUAUACAUAACAAAUACAUACCCACUCCCAAGAUUAUACAGUAGCCAUUUUUGGUUUAGACCACACAGACACACACACAUACACACGUAUCAUUUUUUAAAAAUAUAAAGGUAGAGUUAUGCAAGAAUGCUUGUUGUGCAAGGAUGCUUACACAACUCUUAUUUAUUCGAACAAAGUUUGCACAGGAAAUUUUCUCCCAGUAAAUUGGAUCCUUAGCCAAGAAAGACUAUCCUUGUGAAUGGCUCUGUUCAGUCAGAUUUACUGAAACUGAACAGUUUUGAUGCAAGAACAAUAUGUAAUUGAUAUUAUUUGCCUAAAUAUUGAAAUAAAUAUUAGAAGUUAGGCAAAUCCAUCCCUCUUGUUGAAAGAAUCAAGCUGAUUAGUGGAUGAAAAUUUAUAUUCCAUUUGCUUUGUAAGCUGAAAGUUCUCUGCACUUAAUUCUUUGUGUGUCAGAUGCCAAACUUUACUCUCCUAGCAAGAAGUAUAAUAAACAAGAUGAACAAUAGACGUUUUUGUAAUUGCUACUCAUUUGAAAUAAUAAAGGGCACAUCUUAUUUUUAUAUCAGUAUAUACCGUAGUAAUAUACACCAAGAAAAUGACUAUCUGUAAAUUAUUCCAAUGCAAAUUACAUGAGUUUUUUUAAAACAAAAACAAAAACAGAAGGCUAUGUCCGAAGUGUAGGAAAGAUGCUGGCAGAAGAACUAUUGUCUGAGCUGCAAAUCAUCUGGCUGACACUUUGCACAUUUUAUAUCCUGCUUUGUGUAAAAGUUAUUAGAAACAAGUUGGGGUUUGUCAGAAGUUGAAUGGUUUUUCUGUGACUCUGAAUACAUAAAGGGUACAAGGAUUUCUUUUUAACAUUCAUUAUCUGCCACUGCUUUGAAGCAGAAUUUUAAUGAGCCACAGUGGUGCAGUGGUUAGAGUGCAGUACUGCAGGCUACUUCUGCUGACUGCUGGCUGACUGCAAUUUGGCAGUUCAAAUCUCACCAGGCUCAAGGUUGACUCAGCCUUCCAUCCUUCCGAGGUGGGUAAAAUGAGGAACCAAAUUGUUGAGGGCAAUAUGCUGACUCUGUAAACCGCUUAGAGAGGGCUGUAAAGCACUGUAAAGCAGUAUAUAAGUCUAAGUGCUAUUGCUAUUGCUAAAAGCAACAAGGACGGUUUCAGAAACUUCAGAAAUGCACAUGUUUAGGAGUGAAUCCAAAUAUUGUAUUUAAGAUAUUGCUUUAUAUAUAUGUAAUCUUUUAUAUUUUCUAUAUGAUAAUUUCUAUACAUUUAAAUGAACUUUAUGCCAUUUAUAUACAUCAUAAUAAAAAUAGAGUAGAGAACUGCCUUUGCUUCUUGAUUAAAGCUACUUGAAAAAAACCUGUAGAAACAUUGUCAUAUGUUUUCUUUCCAUCAGAAAUAAAACCCAUCUAAAUUCA